GACGUCGGAGCAGGCGGGCGGGACCGGCGCGGAUGUGGCGAGGCUGCUGAAGGCAGGUUCCGCAGUAUGGCGGGGACGGCGCUGAAGAGACUGAUGGCCGAGUACAAACAAUUAACCCUGAAUCCUCCAGAAGGAAUUGUGGCAGGCCCCAUGAAUGAAGAGAAUUUUUUUGAAUGGGAGGCAUUGAUCAUGGGCCCUGAAGACACUUGCUUUGAGUUUGGUGUUUUUCCUGCCAUCCUGAGUUUUCCACUUGACUACCCUUUGAGUCCUCCGAAGAUGAGAUUCACCUGUGAGAUGUUCCAUCCCAACAUCUAUCCUGAUGGGAGAGUCUGCAUCUCCAUCUUGCAUGCCCCAGGCGAUGAUCCCAUGGGCUAUGAGAGCAGUGCUGAGCGGUGGAGCCCUGUGCAAAGUGUAGAGAAGAUCCUGCUUUCGGUGGUGAGCAUGCUGGCAGAGCCCAAUGAUGAGAGUGGAGCGAAUGUAGAUGCCUCCAAGAUGUGGCGGGAUGACCGUGAGCAGUUCUACAAAAUUGCCAAGCAGAUUGUACAGAAGUCUCUGGGGCUCUGAGGCCACACCCUGCGCACACCGAGCAGACCAGCGCUGUCCUCCAGAACACUCGCCACAGUGCUGCCGUGCUGACACCAACACAGGCAACCGCCGAGCCACGGCACCUAUUGUUCCUUCCUUUCCAUCCCAGACAGGCAGCUCCCCUAAAUCAUGACUGGAAUAAUGACAGCGGCUACGUUGCUUAGGACUCCUCCUGCUGCGCCUCAGGGAGGGGUCCAGGCCGUCCUCACUACCUCUCCCAGCCACGGGGUGCUCAGCUCUGUUCCUUCCUGCAGUGCUGAGGACCUGCCUCUGUCAUCCACCAGGAACUGGGGAUACCAGUGCUGCUUCUUCUGAGGACAUGGGGCCGUGGAGAAAGCAGUGUGAGCCUGCUGUCCCUGCCUCUCAGUUCCUAGGUGUCCCAGGAGGCACUCUGAGCUUCUUUUGACACUUUGCACUUACAAGCCUAGGCUGCCUUUGGCAUGGUGACAGAGGCUUGCUGUGUGCAUCACAGAUGUCACUAUAGCCCCCACCAGGGGCUAUUAUGUAAAUGGGUUUAUGAGAAGAAGGGACAGUGGUCACCAGGACUGCUGCUCUUGCGGUUGCAUCCAUGUCUGAGUUACUGGUGCACGUGAGAGCAGGCUGGGACCGCCAGGGUUUUAGUGCGGCUCUCAUCUGGGGGUUCUGUAGAUAUACAUGCGGUUGUACCAGGUUUAGCUCUAGGAUCAAAUUGUUCUUCGCUGUCAGGGUUGGAAGGGAAUCUGCCACUAGGUGCUCAGCAGAGGUGCACAUUUUGAACUAGACAAGCUGGGGAACACCUGUGGUGCAGGCCGGGGUGGAGGGUCUCACAGCAGGACCGUGCUGAGCAGCAGUGCCCGAGCAGGCCCCACAAGCAAUAAGAGAUCUUCAGUGUAGGCAGAUGUUGGCCUUUUCUAAACAGGUUAUAUUUACAAUGAGUUUCUAUUUUUAAAGUGCCGCUCAUCUGUGGGUGUGCGCAGUUCUCCCUGCACACGAUCCGCUUUUCCCCGCCCACGUGUGGUCCCAGCAGUGGCUGGCGCUGUGCAUGUCUCGUGGUGUUAGUAGUGCCCGGCUCUGGGGCUCCCAGUGGGGACCUGUGGGGACCUCAUGCUUUCCUUCUCCCAAGGGAGGCCGUUUCUGUUGAAACGCAGCAGAGUCUGGUGUUGGGAGUCCAGGAGAAGGGAAUUGUACCAAAAUAGUAUUUGUAGGCCACUGAGAUGAAGCCCUCUCUGAAAAGAAGUGGUCUGUGUGGGGACAUGAACACAUACAGAGUGGCCCCAGCAUGCCGCCACCCUCUGGCCUCCCUGGCAAGCGGUGGAAGACAGGCAUUCUCUUUACAAAACAAAAGUAUUUUUAUUCAUUUGUAUUUAUUAAAUGAAAAAAGAAUCCUCUGGUGUCCCUCUUCUGUGGUGGACUUUAACUGCUGUUAAAUAAAAGUGUAUA